UUGCUAAAAGAAAAUUGUUUUCUUAGUAGCGAUUUUCAGCCGGAAGUGCAGAGUAGCCUAUUUGUGGAUGAUUCGGACGUGGGUGCUAGUAGUAGCACUAGCGAUGAUGAUGAUGAGAGUGAUGAGGAUCAAAGUAGAAGCGAUGUUGAUGAAAAUGAAAGCAGUGAAAAGGAAGAAAACGUGGAAAGCAUGUCUCAGGAUGCUACUGAUAUCGGAAAACGUGACGAGGACCAGAAGGAGGAAUUGUCUCGGAGAAAGUUGGAGUCGCGGAAAGUGGAAGAAGCUGAAACGUUGAGAAGCAAGCGUGAAUGUUUGGCUGACGAUAGCAUCCUAUCAAAUAACGAACAGAUCACAUCGUUUGGUGGACGUCAAAUAACGUUCAAAUUAAAACCGCAAGGCACCACUGCGGUGAAAGAACGUUACGCCGAGCGACAAAGGCAGCAUCUGGAGGAACGCAAACAACUUAGGCGUGGAGCACGAGAAAUUACGAGAACACUGAAGAGGCUUCCUGGAAGAAAACCCUUUGGGCGACGCGGCGCUGGAAGAUAG